CACUCACGCUCUUUUCAACUUCCCAUUCGUUCCCUUCAUCGGUCAUUCAUUCAACAAUCAACUUUGGCAUGAGCAAGAACUACUUUGACAACCACGGAGAGGCUCCAAAGGCGCACACGGAUACCACAGGACAACAGCAUGAGGACACCUUUGAAGUACCGGACAUUCGUCUCGAUAAUGAUGUGUCGAGGGCCUCGGACAGCAGCUCAGCAAACACAUCACCCUUUUAUUCGUAUCAUAAUGAAAAGGCACUGAAACUGGAGGAUAACAAAUAUCUAGCGCAUGAGACACACAAUCCUUCAAGCCGAUCUACAGAUGUAGACCCUACCUUCCCGCUUUCGACUGCGAUGGACACGACCAACUCUUUCGACAAUCCACCGAACCUGCGCAAUAUAGGCUCAGAUACCGGAGUCAUGGACGAGGAAAUCCAGGCAGAGGACAAGACAAAGCCUAACUAUACACCAACAGACGAUGUUACGCAGGAGUUGCGCGAACUCUACACCGACUUCCAAAAGUGCCUCGAUAUGCGCGAGAAGUACAUGGCGAUCUCGUGUCAGAGAGUAGGUGACAAUCCUAGCGACAGCGAAGACUGGGUUAUCUAUCCGCCACCAUCACCUCCGUCAUGGCCUCCAACUGAGCACCAUGGCCGUGUUCCUAAGGGACCUGAGAGCGUCGGCAGUGAUUUUGUGCUGGAAGAGGUUCCUAUCCCUGGAUUGUGCGAUCAUGUCUUUGAGAUGGACGAUUGUGGUAUCUUUCAGGUAUACAAUUCAAAGGAGGAUCUGGCAGCUAAGAAGCCUAUUAUCGAUGUUCCCAAGCCCAAAGAGUACUUUAAAGACUUGGAUUUUGUACUCUCUGUGACCUCUGACGGACCCACCAAGAGCUUUGCUUUCCGCCGGCUCAAGUAUUUGGAGAGCAAAUGGAACAUGUACAUCCUACUGAACGAGUACGAAGAACUGGCUGAAGCCAAGCGGGUUCCGCAUCGCGACUUUUACAACGUCCGAAAGGUCGAUACGCACGUUCACCACAGUUCCUGCAUGACUCAGAAGCACUUGCUCCGCUUUAUUAAGGCAAAGAUGAGAAAGACACCUGAGGAUGUGGUCAUUUUCCGCGAUGGCAAAGAGCUGACGUUAAAGGAAGUCUUCCAGAGUUUGAGAUUGACCUCAUACGAUCUCAGCAUCGACACCUUGGACAUGCAUGCCCACAAGGAUUCAUUCCAUCGUUUCGAUAAGUUCAAUCUGAAGUAUAACCCCAUCGGAGAAUCACGUCUUCGCGAGAUCUUUAUGAAGACCGACAACAAGAUCAAGGGCUCGUAUUUGGCUGAGAUUACAAAAGAAAUCAUUUCGGAUCUGGAGCAGAGCAAGUACCAGAUGGCGGAGUACCGUAUUUCGAUCUACGGCAGAAGCGAGAGUGAAUGGGACAAACUGGCAGACUGGGUGGUCAACAACAAAUUGUUCUCUCUCAACGUACGGUGGCUGAUCCAGGUGCCUCGUCUCUAUAACGUUUACAAGGCUACGAAGACAGUCGAGAGCUUUGAGCAAAUCAUCAGCAACAUUUUCAAGCCAUUGUUCGAGGUCACGCGGGAUCCAUCCAGUCAUCCCAAUCUCCAUAUCUUCCUUCAGCGCGUGGUUGGUUUUGAUUCCGUGGAUGAUGAAUCCAAAGCUGAGAGGAGAAUCUACAAGAAGUUUCCAUAUCCGCGUGUCUGGAAUACAGCUUUGAAUCCGCCGUACAGCUACUACAUCUAUUACAUGUUUGCUAACAUGGCAAGUCUCAACAGCUUUCGACAAAAGCGCCGAUUCAACACGUUUGUGCUCAGACCACAUUGCGGAGAGGCGGGCGACACGGAUCACUUGACGUCGGCGUUCUUGACCUCCUUUGGCAUCUCGCACGGGAUUUUGCUCCGCAAGGUGCCCGUUCUGCAGUACUUGUUCUAUUUGACGCAGAUGGGUAUUGCGAUGUCACCCUUGUCCAACAAUGCCCUGUUCCUGGAUUAUGAUCGAAACCCCUUCCCAACGUAUUUUCAGAGAGGGCUAAAUGUCAGCUUGAGUACGGAUGAUCCGCUGCAGUUUCAUUUUACUAGGGAACCAUUGAUCGAGGAAUAUAGUGUUGCAGCUCAGAUCUGGAAGCUAUCUGGGGCGGACAUGUGUGAGAUCUCACGGAACUCUGUGCGGCACUCUGGAUUCGAAAACAAGAUUAAGAAGUACUGGAUCGGCAAAAAGUGGUACCUUCCAGGAGUGCAGGGGAAUGAUAUGGCCAAGACCAACGUGCCCAACAUCCGGAUCACCUUUCGACACGAGACUCUUUGCGAAGAACUAAGCAUGCUGAAGAGAUACUCAUGCGUACAGUCACCUCCAGAGUCUCAUGAUCUCCUUCGACGAAUGGACUCGGCUCCAAUGUCACCUGGAGCAUUCCUGGCUACCACAGAGUCGCCGGAAGACACGGACCAGUGCUGCUCUAACAACCUGGAUCCGUUCGUAGAGAAUGGAAUGGUUGACCUGAGUGACGCCUCGUUGCUACAAAUGCAUCCACACCUCCCUAAACCACUUCGCGAUAUGAUGUCUGCGACAGGCGACGCGAGCGACGCAAACCGCACGGAUAUUACGGCUGUCGAGCAGCAACUGGGGAUGCUGUCUGUUGUUUCUGGCGUUGCUGUGAUUGCGGGACGUGCGGCGGCCAAGAAGAGGGAGAAGAUCCGCCUUGAGGCAGAGCAGGCCACGAGUCGAUAGAUAUAUGGUCAUUUUUAAUUUUUAAUAACAGAUAGAGAUAGAGAUAGAGAUGCCUCCAGGCCUAAUCUCAUGUAUGUAC